CUGCGUUCACCUCACAAUCAUCUAAAUCCUCGCCCCGACGCUCAUGCUCUCUGCUUCUCAUUUCUUUGGCUCCGCUUCUCCGUGCAUUGUCCAUCACGCUCUUGGGAAGAGUCACAUUCAUCAUCUACUAAUAUGAGUUCAACUAACGGAAAAGCUGCAGAUCAGAAGCCCUUCAGGAUCUUCGUGGGUUAUGAUCCUCGCGAAGAAGAUGCCUACCAGGUGUGUCGCCACUCGAUCCUCAAAAGGGCCUCCAUUCCCGUGGAGAUCGUACCCAUCAAGCAGUCCGAUCUGAGAAGCAAGGGCUUGUAUUGGCGUGAAAGAGGGCAGCUCGAGAGCACCGAGUUCUCCUUUUCCAGAUUCUUGACCCCGUGCUUGGCCGGCUAUGAGGGCUGGGCAAUGUUUGUGGACUGCGAUUUUCUGUACUUAGCAGAUAUUAAGGAACUGAGGGACCUGAUCGAUGAUAAGUAUGCUGUGAUGUGUGUUCAACAUGACUAUGCUCCAAAGGAGACCACAAAAAUGGACGGGGCAGUUCAGACCGUGUAUCCAAGGAAGAAUUGGUCCUCCAUGGUCCUGUACAACUGCGGGCAUCCCAAGAACCGUGUUCUCACUCCGGACACAGUGAACACAGAGACGGGUGCUUUCCUUCACAGGUUUCAAUGGCUUGAGGACGCUGAUAUUGGGUCCAUCCCAUUUGCGUGGAAUUUUCUUGAGGGUCAUAAUAAGGUUGCGGAGAAAGAUCCAACUACAUUCCCCAAGGCCAUCCACUAUACUCGCGGAGGGCCGUGGUUUGAAGCUUGGAAGAAUUGCCAAUUUGCUGAUCUCUGGCUCAAUGAAAGGGAAGAUUACCUUAUGCAAGCAAAGAAGCUGACAACAAAUUAGAUUGAAAUUGAAUUAUUAUGGGUACGCUUUUAUAUUAUUACGAGUCCAUUUAAGCCAGUGAAUACGUUUCUCAGCCUUUUCGCUAGAACAAAGUGUAGUGUCAAUUAUACCUUUUUGUCAGUAGAAUAAUUUUCUGAGAUCGUUGGUUCCCGUUUUAUUUGCAGCACAGUGGAUUGUAAUAAAAGUCAAGGUAUUGUUAGGGUCCGCUAAUGGUAUGAGAUUAUGUCUCCAUUUUGACCAAUUUAUAUGGGCUGUAUACACGUUAAGUGAUAAAUUUAAUUCAUUUAUUUCUGUUUUUAUUACAUUUA